AUGGCGUCCCCGGGCGGCGGCUCCCCGGGCCUCCUGCUCUGGCUGCUGCUCCUCCAGCCCUGGCUCGGUGGGGCGCAGAGCGGGUCCGCGUCGCCCCCACCCUCCUCGGCGCCCACCUCCCCGUCGUCCUCGGGGGGCGGCCACGAGGUCCCCGGCGCGAGCGUGUGGGGGGCUGAGGGACAGUCUGCGACCCCGGGGCCCCAAGAGGCUGCCGCAUCCUCCCAAGUGGUGGCGGUCACCCCAGGAUGCGGCCGGAGGUCCAUGAGGAUAGUGGGUGGAUUUCCUGCGGCAGAGGGGAAGUGGCCUUGGCAGGUGAGCCUGCAGAUCAAUGACAGACACAUGUGUGGAGGCUCCCUCAUUGCCAGUCGGUGGGUGCUGACCGCCGCCCACUGCAUAUUUGGCCAUGUGGAGUACACGGCAAAGCUGGGAGACAUCUUCAUGGAGGAGCGUACCUCCAGUAUGGCCAUCGAGAUCCCCGUCCAAGACAUCGUUAUUCAUCAAGAUUACAAUCCUAUCGGAUUAAUUGAGAAUGACAUUGCCCUUGCUCUGCUUGAGUUCCCUGUGAAUUUUUCCUCCCACGUGCAGCCUGUGUGCCUCCCCAAAAAGGCGUUCAUGGUACAAGGUGGUACUGAGUGCUGGGUGACUGGAUGGGGGAAGCUCAACGAAGCAGGAGUUGUGAAACGGCUACGGGAGGCUGAGCUAAACAUUGUCCGUUAUGAGAAAUGUAACACGAUGCUCCAAACAGAGAUGGAAACUAGCAGCGACCUAGUCAAGGAAGGGAUGGUCUGUGGUUACAGUACCCAAGGAAAGGAUGCCUGCCAGGGAGACUCUGGGGGGCCCCUGGUCUGUGAACUUAAUAAGACAUGGGUCCAGGUGGGGAUUGUGAGCUGGGGCAUUGGCUGUGGUCGCAAAAAUUUUCCCGGAAUUUAUACAGAAGUUAGUUUCUACAAGGACUGGGUCAUUGAUCGCUUGAGUCAGGCUUGCUCUUGGGACUCAGCAGGCUUCCUCCCACUUCUGUGCCUGGUGCUGCCCCUGGGCAUCCUGGUGGCCCCGUGA